AUGAAAUUCCCUCUGAAAGAUAGAACGCCGUUUCAAAUAGCAUCUCAAAGAAUGUCAACCAACGCCGCCAAAAUCCCCGUCAUCGACAUCUCUGCGCCUGAUGUGGACCAAAAAGAUGUUGCUCGGCAGCUAGUUGACGCUGCCGAGGAGCAUGGCUUCAUCUACAUUCGUAACCUGGGUCGUGAUAUCUCCGCAGCCGACAUUGAUGGAGCGUUUGAACUCACCAAAAAGACCUUUGAAUGCCCUGUCGAAGAGAAGCAGAGAUGCACCAUCCAGACCAACAACCGCGGCUGGUCAGGCAUGCACUCCGAGACGUUGGACCCCAAGAACCAGAAGAUCGGUGACUUCAAAGAAGCCUUCAACUUUGGAGAGUUCGUCAAUGGCAAAGCUCAGCAACCGCUCCCAUCCGAUAUGGUCCCCCAUGAGCCUCAGAUCAGUGCUUUUGCGGAUUCUUGUCAUAAUCUGUGCCAGAAACUCCUUUACCUACUUGGUCUAGGCCUUGGUGUCGAUGACUUCUUCUCCUCGGCACACAACACAACCAAAGGAGCUUCCAGCUCCAUCCUCCGCUUCCUCCGCUACCCACCCCCAGACGCAACCGCCCACUCGGCCUCGGACGUCCGCGCCGGCGCCCACUCUGACUACGGCUCCAUCACCCUGCUCUUCCGCCUCCGCGGCCAGGCGGGUCUUGAGCUCCUGACCAAAGAUGACGUCUGGGCGCCCGUCCCCGUCUGCCCGCCGGGGACCGAGGACGACCCGAGCCCGCCGGUGCUGAUCAACAUCGGCGACCUGCUGUCUUACUGGACCAACGGGCUGUUCCGGAGCACGCUCCACAGGGUCGUCUUUCCCACCGAGGGAACCGUUGGGGUUGCAGGGGAGACGAGCGCGGGGCCGAGAUAUUCCAUUGCCUACUUCUGCCACCCUGUCGGGACAGCACCUCUCGAGCCGGUUCCUAGCGAGCGCGUGAAGGAUUUCAAGCCGUCAGACGGAGGAGCCCCGAGUGCGAACCCGUAUGCCACGAGCAAGGUCAUGACUGCGGAUGAGCACCUGUUCAUGCGGCUCAAGGAAAGCUACGGUGACCUUUACGACAAGAAGUCUUAG